AUGUCUGAAAAGCAACAUUUGGACCAUGUUGAAGCUGGUUGGUCUCCCGUCGAGACGGACUCUAGGGCGGGUGCCAAUGUGCCUGCUGGCCAUAUCCCUGUGACGAGUGAAGAGAAAGCAUUGAGUAAGGCGUUGAACCGAAAGUUCGAUAGGGCGCUUCUUCCAUUUCUAGCUUUCCUAUACCUUUUCAAUGGCCUCGAUCGGGGCAACGUGGGAAAUGCUGAAACACAAGGCUUCACCAAGGACAUUGGGGCCCAGCCAGACGAUCUCAACCUGGCGGUGAGCUUGUUCUUUAUCACUUUUGUCCUGUUCCAACCUCCUUCCGCUGCGGUGGGAAGAUACCUUGGAGCGAAGAACUGGGUGCCUAUCAUCAUGGUCUGCUGGGGCAUCCUCACCAUUUGCCAGGCUUUUAUUAAAGGACGAGCCACCCUGAUUGCUACGCGACUGCUCAUUGGUGCUUUUGAGGCAGGCUUCUAUCCUUGCUGUGUUUUCUACUUGUCGACUUUCUAUACACGAUUCGACCUGGCUGUUCGCGUUGCCGUGUUUUACGCUCAAUAUGCUGUCGCAGGCGCGUUCUCUGGCUGCAUUGCGUACGGCAUUUUCCAUAUCAAAACUGGUUCGCUCAAAAACUGGCAAUACUUGUUUAUCAUUGAGGGCGGAUUCACUUGCCUGAUCGCGAUCAUUGCCUGGUUCUGGUUGCCUCUGGGGCCGGGGAGUGCAUGGUUUCUGAAAGAGAAGGAUCGAGCAUACGCGGUAGAGCGUAUCCGUCUCGACAAUGCGAUGUAUGCGCAGCACACCUAUGGCGAUAGUGGACUCGAGAAAGAGAGGUUGACGAGACGUGAUGUAUUGGAAACAGCAUAUGAUUGGAAGCUUUGGUACGUCCUGGUGUUCAACAUACUUGCGAGUGUUCCCGGUCAAGCGUUCUCUGUGUUUCUGCCCCUUGUCGUUGCCGGGCUGGGAUAUUCCUCCAUCGAGGCGAACUUGAUGUCUGUGCCGCCGUAUGUAUGUGGAGCAGUUGGGCUGUACAUCUUCGCCAUCAGUUCUGAUCGAAGUACUUUUAGGAAGGAACGUGGUUAUCACAUCUUUGUUAGUCUGGUCAUCGCACUCGUCGGGCUCAUCAUCACUGUGACGGUCCAAGGAAACGGCGGCAAGUACGCUGGCCUGUGCAUCUUGUUGUUUGGCAGUUAUGUUUCCGCACCGUUGACCGUGGCCUGGCUGAGCGGGAACACUCCGGAACCGGGCAAGAGAGCCCUCGUCUUGGGCGUGAAUGGGUUUGGAAAUCUGUCUGGAGUCAUCGGCUCCCAACUCUUCCGUGCAUCAUAUGCGCCAAAAUACCUGAUACCCUUUUAUGUGACCCUGGGAUUCAUCGCGGUCGCGUUGGCGGGCUACCUCGCAUACCGGUUCACGUUGGCCGCGGUCAAUCGGCGACGACAAGCCAAGUUGGCUUCCAUGAGUCCCGAAGAGCUCGAAGACGAGAGAACUAACCCUCGGAGAUAUGCCGACAAGAAGUAUACUUUUAUUUACGGUCUGUGA